CAAGGGCUAGUGUAGAAAUCUUAUACAACGGAGCAACUUUCACCAUCGUAGCAACGUUUGCUUCCACGGGCGACUGAAACGUCGUUCCCAUCGACCCAAAUCGAUCGAUCGAUCGAAGACUUGAAAACCACGUUGCUUCGGGUCGGCAGGCCUUAGGGAACACCGGCGCGAACAAACCCUAGUUUAUUCCCUCUCUCUCAUUUCAUCAUACGCCUACGGGGCAUCGCCCUCAUCGAGAACGCGUUCUCGUACCAUUCCAUAUCCGUCUGCCUGCUGCUCGUUGUGUGUUUGUCGUCGACGCGAUGACAAGUCGUCGGGCAGGGAUUAGCUGCAAGGUGUACCACGGAGAUGUUUUCCUUGGAGACGCGGAAGCUUUUCCGACGACCAACACUAGCGGCGGUAAUGCCCAACCCUUGCCCUUCCUCAGUGGCAACGAGAUACGCAUAGAUCACCUCUCGCCUCCCAGCGAGCGUUGCCCUCCCCUCUCCGUCCUCCAAAGCAUCAACCCUUUCGCCGUCCGCUGCAAGGUCCAAGCCAAGUCGGUCGCUGAACACCCACUUCGUCGCCUCUACCUCUCAUGCUUUAACGAAUUCAGGAGUGCCGUCAUGGUCACGGGUAAUGAAGAGCUGCAUCUGGUGGCAAUGCCGAGCAAGGUGGAGAAGGUAUCUUGCUUUUGGUGCUGUUCGGUUCAGGCCGGGCUAUAUGCAUCUUGUUUGGGCAUGCUCAACUUGCGGUGCCUUGCCAUUGUUUUUGAUCUAGAUGAGACGCUCAUAGUUGCCAACACCAUGAGAUCAUUUGAUGACAGAAUUGAGGCCCUCUCUCGAAAGAUAGAUGGUGAGAAAGAUCCUAUUAGGAUUUCAGGAAUGUCAGCUGAAUUGAAGCGAUAUGUUGAGGACAAAGAUUUCUUGAAGCAGUAUAUAGAGAUGGAUACUGUUACUGACAAUGGGAGGUCAAUUACUGCUCAGAACGAGGAAGUUCCACCAAUUCCUGGUGUCCAGGAGAGAAUUACUCGGCCUGUCAUCAGAAUGAAAGAAAGGAACAUCGUCUUGACUCGGAUCAAUCCCGAGAACCAUGAUACUAGUGUUUUUGUAAGGCUAAGGCCUGCAUGGGAGGAUCUAAGGAGCUACCUAACUGCUAAAGGGCGACGAAGAUUUGAAGUUUUUGUCUGCACAAUGGCUGAAAGAGACUAUGCUCUGGAGAUUUGGAGGCUUCUUGAUCCAGAUUCUCAUUUGAUCAGUUCGAAACAACUUAUGGAUCGCAUAGUAUGUGUAAAAUCAGGUUUGAGGAAAUCAUUGCAACAUGUUUUCCAGGAUAAUGUGUGCCAUCCUCGAAUGGCUAUGGUGAUUGAUGACCGAUUGCAGGUUUGGGAUGACAAAGACCAGCCUCACGUUCAUGUUGUCCCUGCAUAUACUCCGUAUUAUGCUCCUCAAGCAGAGAUGGCCAAUGCUGUUCCGGUAUUAUGUGUUGCAAGAAAUGUUGCAUGUAAUGUUCGAGGUGGCUUUUUCAAAGAAUUCGAUGAGAAUUUACUACAGAAGGUAUUUGAACUGAAUUAUGAGAAUGAGAUAGUUGAGUUACCUGGUGCUCCUGAUGUGAGCUACUACUUAAUCGCUGAGGAUUGUAAUAAUUUACAAAACAACAAUAGAGAAGCUCCUAUAGUUGAGGGAACAAUUGGUUCUGAAACAGAACAUAGAUUCAAUCAACUGGCAUAUCUGGUUGAUGAACAACAAGCAAAACAUCAAGCUCAAUUGAAUCACUCUUCUACAGAUGAUGAGAUGCCAGUAAAUAUCACUUCUGCAAACAACAAAAAAUUGAAUGUGGAAGUAAGACAGCCAAUCUCACUUGCGUCAUCAGUUUUUGUUUCUGUACUGCAAGAGAUUGGUAGAAGAUGUGACUCAAAGAUUGAGUUCAAGUUUACCAAUGGAAAUACAAAGGAGUUGCCUCAUUCUGUUGAGGUUUUAUUUAGUAGUGAAAGAAUUGGUAUGGGGAUGGGAAGGACACUGAAAGAUGCUCAAUCACAAGCUGCUGAGAAUGCACUUCGUAAUCUGGCCAGAGAUUAUGUAUCAUUUAUUGGACCUCUUACUGGUGGCAUGGGAGCUGAAAUCAAUAAGAAUUUGCUUGGAAAUGAGAAUGGCUUCUUAAAGGGGAAUUUCAACUCUCAGGAUACAGCUAAGAAAGAAAACUGACUUGCUGCCAGCACAGCACAAAAUACGUAACUGAGUAGGCUAUUGCAUUUCAGCCACCUUUUGCUUUUAGGUGCUGUAGUUCAACAUCUUUUGUUCAACAGGCUUUCACAAGAUGCUCCACUGGUGGUUUCGAUGCAAGUUUCUUGUUACCUAGUGCAAAAAUGUUUGGACGAUGAUGAUAUGGUACCAGUUCUUAUAGCCUGAGGGAUCUCACCCACUUAGCUCCCUCUGAGUUGAUCCAUAUGGGAACUGAACAUAUGUCUACGAAGUACUGGAGGGAUGUGACUUGGCCAUUACCUUUGAAAAGUUACUUCCUUGAUCACUAAGUGGUGCACAUUUAUAUACCUGUGAGUUGAUGGAAAGAGCACUUUAAUUGCGAAUUUUGUCUCAGUAGGCUGUGCAUAGUGGCUAAUUUCAGUAUUGAAAUCAAAAGCACAUGGUUUGUGAUGACAACCACGGAUUUAUCCAGAGUUUAAAGUCCUGUUCUUAGGUAAGAAAAAUUACCUGUUAUGUAUGAAAUGAUUUCCUUACAGUGGAAUGAUAUUAUCCGGCAAGCUGUCCAAGCAGUGAAUCCUUGUUUUA